UAAAUGAUUGUAAUAUUUGUUCUAGAUGAUCGUAGCUAGAGGCGGGAAGGAUAAGUUCUGUCAAGUUUAUGCUUUCAGCACAUUUUUCUACUCAACAUACAAGGAUAAAGGGUACUCUAGUAUAAGACGGUGGACUAAAAAAACUGAUAUCUUCGCUCAGGAUAUUGUAUUCAUCCCUGUACACUUGGGAAUGCACUGGUGCCUUGCUACAAUCGAUUUGAAGAAGAAAGAGAUAAACUACUACGACAGUAUGGGCGGGAACAAUCAGCAGUGUUUGGAUCUUCUCUUUAAAUACUUAAAGGAAGAACACCAGGACAAAAAGAAGUCUGAGCUGAGUACUGAAGGGUGGAAGCUGACCCUUGUGAAAGGAAUCCCCCAGCAGAUGAACGGAUCUGAUUGCGGAAUGUUUGCGUGCAAGUUCGCAGAAUAUUUAUCUAGACGAGCCAGGAUAUCCUUCACACAGGAGAACAUGCCCUACUUCCGAAGGAGAAUGGUGUAUGAGAUAGUGAAGAACAACCUUAUGUAUCCUUGAAUACGUAAAUGUCUAAACAGCAUGCUAAACCACCAAUUUGUAUUUGUGAACAAUUAAACCAACAUUUUUUAAGAUAACUUCUGAAGACAAAAUUGAUAUAUUGAUACGAAUGCCUUACAUUGUAAAUUUGAAAUCAAUUUUUCAAAUAUAUAUUAAAAUUGAUUUGUGUUAAACAUCAAUGUCAUGUAGUUACUCACUAGCAUGGCUCUACUUACAGUCGUAGGUUUUCUUUGUAAGAAACUAAUUUUAAUUAUGAU